GUUAAAUUCUGACUCGUCAUUUUACGCUUGAGCCGGUCGUUUGCAAGUAGCUCGUCGAGGAUCUUCACGUGACAUUCGAUUCCUGCUGUUCGUGUAAACUUUGGGAUAUAUUAAUCAUCAUGGUCUAUCAAGUUAAGGACAAGCAAGACUUCAAUAACCAGUUGAAGGAAGCAGGAGGAAAAUUAGUUGUUGUGGACUUUUAUGCCACUUGGUGUGGCCCCUGCAAGAUGAUUGCUCCAAAAAUUGAGGCAAUGUCGAAAGAGAUGCCCAAUGUUGUUUUCGUUAAAGUUGAUGUGGAUGAAUGUGAAGAUGUUGCAUCUGAGUACAACAUUUCGUGCAUGCCUACAUUCCUCUACUUGAAGAAUGGUGUAAAGGUUGCUGAGUUUUCUGGAGCCAAUGAAGACCAGCUUAGAAAACUGAUUGAUCAACAUAAAUAGAUUUCCCAGUUAUGUGGCCUGUAUAUUGGCUAGAUGAAUACUAUGCUCUUUUAUAUUAAAUAAUUGUGUAAUGGGAUUUUCUGCAUUAUACCACAGGAAAUACAGGCUGACAAAAAAAUUGUUCUUUCAUUGUUAGAUACAAAUUACACUAUAAACUAAAAGCAUUUUCACAUUUUCCCAAUUGAUGUGAACUGCAGCGUUUUUCAUACCAUUAAGAAGCCAUAGCAACGGGAACCCCGACUUCAACAACAGCAAUAAUUUAAUGACAUUGCCUAAACCUAAAUCGAUGAAUGCGUUCGAUAAAGCUUUAACUAACUAUAUUAAUAUUGAUCAGUGUGUCGUCCCUCUCUCGCUUGUAAUGAAAUCCAGUUUUUACGGUUGGGUUCUUGAUAACUAUAAGGAUUUCACGGUCAGAUUUAAAUCGCUCAGUAACACACACACAAAGAGCCGAAACAGCCGCUAUAUCCAAUCGAUAACAUAAUAAUUGGAUUUCGAGUAAAACGUGACUCUCUAGCAAUCUUUAUUACAUCAGAUCUGAUUACGACGGCAGUUAAUA